AUGGCGGAUGCUGAUGUGUUGAAGGCCAAGAAAAAAGCAUUCCUGAGGAGAAAAGAAUGCAUAAAGAGGAAGACUAUGGAAUUGUCAACUUUAUGUGAUGUGAAAGCCUGCGCAGUGAUUUUAGGCCCCGAUGGACAGAUUGAUUCUUGGCCGGAGAAUCGUAGUGAAGUGCAGGAGGUGAUCAAUUUGUACCAAAACGGGUCUAGUAAUAAAAAGCGGAAGCAACAAUAUGAUGAUAGGGGUUGUAACAAGAAGCAGGUUCUGGGUGGUGAUGAAGGGGCUUUGAAUCCGGAAGAAUUUCUGAAAAAGAUUGAUGCCAAAUUGGGUGAAGUCAAGAACCGGAUUCAGUUUCUCAGGUCCAAAGAACAAGAAAUCGAACCAGGCUGGCCUCAAAAAGAUUCACAAAAUCUGGGCUCACAUUCUAAUGUUGGCAUGCUGGAGUUUGGAAAUCAAUUGCCAGUCGAUAUUGUGUCUUCUAUAGGUGGCUUUCCUAGCAAUCUCGAUGCUAUGGAUUUCGGACCAGAAACCAGCUUUCAGUCAUCACAGGCAGCCUUCCCUCAGCUUCAACAGCAGCUGCACAUGGAGCAGCCAUGGAACUGUAUGGAUUCUCCAUUCUGGUUUGAACCCGAAAGUGCACUCCUGACCGGAAGCGACCAAUUUCUACAAAGCUAUAUUGAUAACAAUGAUGAAUCUUCUUGGAUGCAGUCACCCCAAUUUCAAGAGAACACCUUUCUGCUAACAGUAAUCUGGAGGGAAGAGAAAGGAGUGAUGUACAGUACAUUUUACUAUGUUACUGAUGCUCUAAACAACAGUUACUGCUGGAAUCAUCUUUCUAUCGCUCGGUUUUAA